CUACAAAUGCCCCCUCAAGACUUAAGUUAUCAAAGACUAGAUAAUUUAAGUCUUGAAUUAUCUAAUAAAAUUUGCUUUAUAUAAUCACAAUUUGAUUUGUAUUUGAUAACUUAUAACUAAUCUCACUUGAUAUAGGAGAGUUAGACUUAUAUAAAGCCAACAUGUGCUAUAGAGUUUGUAUACUCACUCUUUCAACAUCACGCAUAAAAGAUAUGGCCUCCCGCAAACCGUGUUCAGCCCCGAAGACGGAUUCUGAGAGUAGCUCAAACUCGAAUCCACAAUGGAUUACAGAAUCUAGUAAUCCCAAAUUUAAAGGGAAAACAAUUCGUUUUCCGAUGGCUUUUGUUGGACUUCACUCUUCUACAGGCAUGCAGGGUCAUCUUAAAUUUCACGUCAAUAGUGCAAUGACUGGCCGUUUUGCUAUCCCCGGUGUCAAUCGAUUUCAAGGUUUGGAUAUGUCUUUAAUUAGCAGAUCCAAGGAAUUGGCAUCCACGGAUGCCCGUCGUCUUGGCCUACCUUACUUGUGUAUUGCACCACAUCAUAAUGAGGAUGACUUCAUCCCACGACCUUUGAUUGCCGAGAAUAUUGGGAACAAAUUUAUUAGAUGGGGGACAUCUUUGAAUCCCAGAGGAGAGAUUUCAUAUCUAAAUGGCUUUUGGGAGUGGUCCAGACGGGUUGCUGGACUCCUUAAGGAUAGAGGCUUGGAAGAUUUAUCAUUAGCAGUCCAAGCAGCAACGAUGGAAUAUCAUCGUCCCCCUUCAGCAUAUCGGGCUUUAUGUGAGGUAUGGUGUCCUGAAACCAGUACCUUUGUGACGAGGCAUGGAGAAAUUGGCAUUUCUCUUUGGGAAAUGCGAGAUAUUUCCGGAUUGUCUAUACUUGGUGAUUAUUAUGAAGAGGUUAUUCCGAGUUUUAGGGAACUCACUGAUGGAAAAUCUCUUCCAGAUUCUUGUCUUCAUCUCUUUAAGGCUUUUCAACAUAUAGCCGGAGAAAAGGUUAUUGAUCGAAUCAAGCAUGCAGAUUGGCUCAAUUUUUGGCUUAAUGGGGUUUCUCGGAAACCCAAUCCUCGAGGAGACUCGAAAUAUAAGAAAUUAUCAAACUUGGGAAAGUAUGAAUUUCUAAAAAGUGGAACAACAACAAAAGUGUGGAGACCCAUAGUCAUUCCCAACCAAAGUGUGUCUUCUGAAGACAUCAGAGAUCUAAAAUGUUUACAGGCGUUAGAUCUUGAAUUAUCUACCACCAAGAUUGAUGAGUUGGAGAUAGCUGCAUAUCUCUCUAUUUGGCUUUGUAGAUUUGUCCUUCCAUCAGGCGAUGACCACUUAAGACCCGCAACUUUUAAAGUUGCUUCCCGGAUGGCUGCAGGUGUAAGAUAUAGUCUGGUUCCACCUAUUUUAGCAAGUAUUUAUAAAGGUCUUACACAGACCUUUUCUUCUGAAAGAAAGGAUCUUGGAAGAAUUACUCAAUCAUUUCCAGGGCACUUUCUUUAUGGCUGGGUAGCAUUGCAUUUCCCUCGUGGUAUAUUUGAUAUCAUUGACACAUCUUUUGGGCGUCCUACACUUAGGAGAUAUUCUGGAAUUUUAAAUGUCUAUCAAUUUUGGGAGCCUAACAUGAUAGACUGUCGGAAACUUCUUCGUGGAAACAUGGACUCAAAAAACUUUAAGUGGGUCGUGAGUCAUCUUGUUAUAAAGACUUCUGUAGUCAAUUUUUCACAUUGAUAUUUCUCCUUUAAUGGCAA